UAUAAACAAGAAAAGAAGUGUUUUAGUUCUUUUAUUUCUCAAGUAGAAAUCGUGGAAGAAUUAAAAAUAUUCGCACGUAUCCUUGUUCCCUUGCAACUUGUUCUCAAGAAAUCAAAAUGUCAUCUGAAAAUAGUUAUGAACCUGUCAAUCUCUUUUUCACGGUUAAUGAACCUGAGAAUGGAGCUGAUUCAAUGAAAUGUCCAAUUAUAUUCGUCCAUGGUUUUUUUACAACUAAUCGUUCGUGGAAUAUUGUGAAGCAUAAGAUAGCCAAUAAAACAAAGAGAAAAGUUUAUUCGAUAGACUUAAGGAAUCAUGGUCAAAGCGAAUACAGUGAACAUUUUACUGUAAAGUAUGUUAUGGCGGACAUUGAGAACUUCAUGAAGUCUCAACACAUAGCAAAAGCAGUAUUAGUUGCUCACAGUAUUGGAAGCAAACCUAUGAUGGCUCUAGCACUAGAAAAGCCAGAACUGGUCGAAAAGUUAGUUGUGGAAGACAUGGUAGUCGAAGAUCCUGAAAACCACCCCGAAGUUACUAAGAAAAUGUUACUUUUUACUAAAGUUUGUGACAGAUAUAUUCGAAAUGCUCCAGCUAAUAUGCCAGAAAAUGAAUUGCACCAACGGAUUCUGCCACUGGUUAAGCAAUUUUAUCCAGAAGUAAGUGAGAGUUAUAGUCUUACAAAGUUGCCUUUGAAAAAAGACCAAUCAGGAAAGCUUACAUGGGAUCUGAAUGUUAAUGCCGUCAUGGAUCAUUUAGAAAAUCCCGUCACGUUUCGACUCAACUUGUCAAGCAAUCCAAAAUAUCUUGGAAAUAUUCUUUUUCUGUAUGGUGAAAAAUCACCCAUAAAGAUAGAAGAAAACAAAGGUAUAGCAUUGAAGUAUUUUCCUAAUGCCCAGUUCUACGUUUUCAAAGGAGGAUUUCAUACUUUUCACAUGGAGUUUUCUGAAUUAUUCACGGAAGUGGUAUCAGAGUUCAUUAAUGAAUAGACUUCUCACAAAUAAUGUUUAGAUAAAUAAAAUAUCAUCAAAAUUACAAAGGUUUAUUCUUGAAUCGAAAUUACACAGAAAUAAUGAGUGUUGAAUAGCUAUUAAUAAUUAGAUAAUUUUAAUAUAUUCAAUAUAUGUCAAGGAAAGAAUAGCUUUACGCUAUAAUAUUAAAAGAUAUUUCUACUGUCAAGAAAGUAGGAACUUUAUUUUGAAAAUGAAAUUCAAUGCUUUCCAUACAAA